AUGGAGAGCAGCAAGCCGGUGAAGGAGGUGCCUCCCCAGCCUCGCUACCCCACCCCGCCCCUGGCAUCAUCCUCAUCUUUGACCCCGAUAUAUUCCCCCUCAAUGAGAAACGCCACUGGCUCCAUGCAACAUGUACAGGUGGCCUCUUCUGUUGUUGGCUCCUUUAAUUUGCUGAAGCCUCCAGAGAGGGACCAAACCCUGUUCUCCCAGAUGAAGCCUAUCAAGUCUCUGAGACAGGCUGGGAUCACUGCUGUCUUCACUGGACAAAACAGGGCUGACAGUGAGGGGGAGCUACUGGAGCUCAUUCCCAUAGAGGAGGUGAUCCUGGCUGACAUAGACUCUCUGGUGCCCACCCACGACGAGAGUGGCCGGCCCAUUGCAGAGUGGAAGAGGCAGGUUAUGGUGCGCCAACUCAAGGCCAGGUUACAGGACGAGGAGGAGCAAAGGAUGAAGGACAUGGCUAAUAGCUACACCGAAGAAGAUGGUUGGAAGUACUCACAGGCCCACAACGCCAUCCUGGGCCCGUUCGGCGAGCUGCUGACUGAGGACGACCUGCUCUACCUUGAGAGGCAGAUUGAGAACGUGUCCAUGCAGAAGCGCUGCCAGGCCUACGAGCUGGAGCUGGCACGUCUCACCGAGGAGCUCCGGGCCAUCCUACCCGACCCCAUCGCCAACAUCGCCGUCAACAAUGAGAUCCUCCAGCAGAUGGACGCAGACGGACAUUUACCUCUUCCUGUGUGGUGUAGUCGUGUCUCUGGCAUUGUCAAGAGCAUGUACCAACUCCUGGCCAGUCUGACGAGCCGAGAUGAGGAAGUGGUUAUGGAGGUGGUGGGGGAAGGGGAGGGGGAAACGGUGGGGGCGGGGAUUGAGAGGGGCAUGUGUAGGCUUCAGCGUGUUGAGAUGGUGUCAUCCUUCAGCCACCGCUUGGAGAGCCAGAGCUACAGCAAAGGGAGGAGGGAGAGGGUGGAGAGGGAGAUCCAGCAGUCCGGGGUGUCGGUGAGGAGUUUGAGGUCCAACUUUGAAGGUCAAAUUGGGGGGAUUUACCCAUUUGGGGGGUUUGUGAAUGACUCGCAUCGACCGGUCACAAGGAGCCAGACUCCGAGAGGGAGAGUGGAAGCUUCUGAGAUAGCUGUUCAAACCCCUAACACUGCUCUAGGCUGUGAACUUGAACUAGCCCGCCAUGACAUCCCUACCCCAAUCCGGGUCAUGGAGACGACCAGCCUGAGAAAAGAACGCAUUGUUGUCCUGUUCUUGAGCCACUGGAAGAAGUCAGCAUACGCCAUUUCUGUGAGAGCCAGGGUGAGAAAGGAGGCAGCCGAAAGAGCAGAGGCCGUGGUCGACACAAUAAGGAACUCGACACACUCUCUCUUUCUCUUCUACCGCCAAAAAACUGCAGUAGACAAGAUGCUCAACACCUGGCGGAGUGCCAAAAUACAGUCUUCGCCGGUAUCCCUAAGCCAGUGGUGCCCCACCACCUAUUCCCCCGAGCACUUCCUGCCUAACCAGGUGGACGGGGCGCCGGUUGCCUACGACAGCCUGACCCUUGACCUUUUCAUGCUGGGCUACUUCCACAUCCUGGAGCAGGAUUUGCUGGCUGAGGAGCGGAAAAUGAGGCACCUGUUGUGCUUCGAGGUCUUCGAUCAUGUAGGUUGUUUCCCAUGGGAGACCGUCAGGGACUUCCACAAGGCCAUCCUCCAGGAGAUCCAAGAAGGGAAGCGGCAGUGGAGUGACGGAUUUGAGGACAUCAAAGCCAGGUUCUUUGGGAAUGCUGUAGUACCUGGAAGGUCCCAUCCUGGGGUUGCCAGAGAGUGCCAGUAUCCAGACACAAGGCUAGUGCCCAAGGUCAUAGUGCAGACUGCCACUCCGGAAGAAGAAGAGCUUCUCAAGUGUAGCAGCAGCACGGACUUCUCCUGUUUCAGCAAUGACGAGAUCUGUAAAUACAUCAACCGUAGCUUUGCUUUCUGGAAGGAGAAAGAAGCUGAGCUGUUUGAUUUCAAACACUAG